AUGUUUUGGCGGCUUCUGUGCUUGUGGCUCAGCUUCAGCGUCUUCAUUGUGGACUUUGCCGCUGCUCAAAACCCUGCUGUUGUGGCUGCCGCUGUGGCUGCGGGCCAAAAUCAAUCGCAAGUCUAUGUCACAGACUCUUGCCUCGAGAAACCCUAUCGCUGCCCGCAUCCAAAGAUACAAUUCUAUCUGUAUACGCGACGCACUCAGGAGGAGCCUGAAUAUUUGGAUGUGCUCGAUCCGAAUGCCUUGUACUACACACACUUCAAUCCACGACAUCCCACCAAGAUCAUCAUCCAUGGCUUUGGCGGCGGUCGCAUGCUCAGCCCCAGCCCGGACCUGCGAGAGGCGUACUUCAGCAUCGGCGAGUACAACAUCAUCAUCGUGGACUACAGCAAUGCGGUGAAGGAGCCGUGCCUCAGUCAGAUGGAAUGGUCGCCACGCUUUGGCAGUCUGUGCAUCUCGCAGCUGGUUAAGUAUCUGGCGCGACAUCCGCGUGGCGUGCAGCCGGACGACCUGCACUUCAUUGGCUACAGCGUGGGCGCGCACAUUGCGGGCCUCGUUGCCAACUUCUUGAAGCCCGAGGAAGGUAAGAUUGGACGCAUAACGGCUCUGGAUCCCACCAUAUUCUUCUAUGCGGGCGCGAAUAACUCACGGGACCUGGACACGAGUGAUGCGCACUUUGUCGAUGUGAUGCACACGGGUGCCGGCAUUCUGGGGCAGUGGCACUCGAGCGGACAUGCCGACUUCUAUGUCAAUGGCGGCACCAGGCAGCCAGCGUGUGUAGGCUCUGCCACGCUAUUUCAAACCUUGGCCUGCGAUCACACUAAGGUCACGCCGUACUUUAUCGAGUCGAUAACUACGAAACGAGGCUUCUAUGCGGGGCCCUGUCCCAAUCUAUUCACCUAUCUAAUAGGCUGGUGCGAGCCCAAGGACUCGGAAUAUGUGCUCAUGGGCGAGCACUGUUCGCACAAAGCACGUGGCAACUACUAUGUGACGACGAAUGCGAAGGCGCCCUUUGCACGCGGCUUUCCGGGCAAGGGGCGAGCCAAUGGGGAGUACCAGGGCGUAAGACGUUGA